UUUGCAGGUGCUGAGGUUUAUCCUACUCUCCCCCCACAGUCCCGCUUAAAUCUCCCCAUUUCCCUUCGUCAACAUUUUUCAGAAGCAAAACAGAGCAUAAAUCAAGCAAAAAUGGCGGUUCUGUUUUCAACCAUCUCUCUCUCUCCAAGCGCCGCCAAUCUCAACAUCAGGCUAUCGUCGAAGAACAGUAUUGAAGCAACAGGAUUUCACCUUUUUACUGGACUGGAUUUAGGAAAAAAGAAGGAUAAAUGUAUGAAGAAAUGUGUACACUCAAUUCGAAGUGGUGAAGCAAUUAUUCAGAAAACCGAGAAAAAAUAUGUGAGAAACCCUAGAAAAGUUGAUAGGGGUUUAAUUUUGAGCGAAGGUAGAGAGGGGGAUGAGAAUUACGGGCUCAUAUGCCCUGGUUGUGGUGUGUUCAUGCAAGAGAAAAACCCUAAUCUUCCAGGGUUUUUUCAGCAAAGAAAAGUUGAAAUUGAGGCAGAAUCAAUUGAUACUAUAGACGAUUUGUUGGAUGAGAAUUUUGACGAUUCUGAUGAAUUUGAUGAAGAUGAUGAUGAUUUUGAGGAUGACAUUGAGGCAAAUUUGGAAGACGAAGAUGAAGAAGAUGAUGAUGAUGAAAUUGAGGGAGAAUCUGAUUGGGAAUCAGAAGAAUGGGAGGAUUCCGAUUUCGAAGACGGUGAAAACGAAUAUUUAAAAGAGUUGGACGGAUUUACCCCUGCCGGAGCAGGUUACGGCAACGUUACAGAGGAAACAAUCGAGAAGGGCAAAAGGAAGAGACUCUCCAAAGCAGAGAGGAAAAGAAUCUCAAGAGAGGCUCCAAAAGAGAAGGAUGAGGUGACAGUCUGCGCCAGGUGUCACUCCCUAAGGCACUACGGUCAAGUGAAGAAUCAGUUGGCCGAUAAUUUAAUACCCGAUUUCGAUUUCGACCGCUUGAUAAGCACGAGAUUAAUGAAACCCACCGGAAACGCAGACUCCACGGUGGUUGUCAUGGUGGUCGACUGCGUUGACUUCGACGGGUCUUUCCCGAAACGGGCAGCCAAGUCAUUGUUCAAAGCACUUCAAGGAGGUGGAAUCGAAGGUUCAAAACUAAGUAAAAAAUUGCCGAAGCUCGUUCUUGUAGCUACGAAAGUUGAUCUUCUUCCGUCGCAGAUUUCGCCAGCUAGGCUGGAUAGGUGGGUCCGGCAUAGGGCGAAGGCGAACGGGGCGCCUAGGCUGAGUGGGGUCCACAUGGUUAGUGCUAGGAAAGAUUUGGGCGUGAAAAAUUUGCUGACGUUUAUAAAAGAUUUGGCGGGGCCUAGAGGAAAUGUUUGGGUAAUUGGGGCUCAAAAUGCAGGGAAAUCAACUUUGAUCAAUGCGUUUUCGAAGAAGGAAGGUGUUAAAGUCGCAAAACUGACCGAAGCUUCUAUUCCUGGAACUACGCUCGGGAUAUUGAGGAUUGGAGGGAUUUUGCCAGCUAAGGCGAAGAUGUACGAUACUCCGGGACUUUUGCACCCGUAUUUGAUGUCUAUGAGAUUGAAUAGGGAUGAGCAGAAGAUGGUUGAGAUACGGAAAGAGCUUCAGCCUCGAACUUUUCGGAUCAAGGCUGGUCAAGCUAUACAUGUCGGUGGAUUAGUGAGACUGGAUCUUGACCAGUCUUCCGUAGAAACUAUAUAUGUCACAGUCUGGGCAUCUCCAUGCGUUUCUCUUCAUCUCGGAAAGAUUGAAAAUUCCGAUGAGAUUAAGAUCAAGCAUGCUGGUAUUAGGUUGCAGCCACCUAUUGGUAUAGACCGAGUUUCGGAACUAGGUGAAUGGGUAAAACGAGACGUAAAAGCAACUGGAGUGAGCUGGGAUGUGAACGCAGUAGAUGUAUCUGUGGCAGGGUUGGGUUGGUUCUCUUUGGGUUUGAAAGGCGAAGCGAAUUUAACCCUAUGGACAUACGAUGGCAUCCAAAUUGCUUUCCGCGAGCCUUUGGUGCUCGAUCGGGCGUCGUUUCUCGAGCGGCCCGGUUUUUGGCUGCCAAAGGCUAUUUCCGAAGCUAUUGGCAAAGAAACCAGGCUCGAAGCUCAAUCUAAGAGAAAGGAUUCUGACAGCAUUAUGGAUUGAGCAAUUAUAUUGAAAAAAGGGUUUUAUUACGUUUUUGCCCUUCUUUGAAAGCUGCCCCCACUCGUGCAUACUGAGGGCACCAUCGGAAUAGGAUGAAUAUUGGUUUUCUCAGACCUUGGAUUUUGUGGUGGGCCCGAGUGGUGAAACGAGGGCUUUAAUUCGGGCUGGUGGGGUUGUUUGAUUUCUUCCCAUACGUAAAUUUGACUUACGCGGGAGAUGAGAGGGAGAUAGACGAAGUUUACUUAUUGAGAACCUGUGGUUAAAUUUUAUAUAUAUAUUUUACUUAUUUGAGGCUAUGUUUGGUCCGGUUUUGGUGCUAUAUUUUGGGAGAAGAUUGUUUGUUUUUAUUUUGAGAAAACACAUUGUAAUGUAAUAAUUUGUAUUGUCUUGAGAUUGUAGCUUUAAACUAAUUAUUUUUAAAGAAGCUGAAAUAAAAGUUAUAUUUGAAAA